AUGGCGCGGACUUUCGCCCUUCUCGCCCUUCUCCCUUUGAUUACGGCGCAACAAAUCGGCACCAUCCCCGAAGUGCAUCCUCAGCUGACCACCUACCAUUGUACACGUCACAAUGGCUGCGUGCAACAGAACACUUCUCUUGUGCUUGACGCCGCCACACACCCCAUCCACAAAGCCGGAACCAACACUUCCUGCACCAACGCCUCCGGCCUCGACCCCUCCAUCUGCCCCGAUAAAGAGACCUGCAGCCAGAACUGCGUCGUCGAAGGCAUCACCGACUACAGCAACUAUGGCGUGCAGACCAGCGGCUCGCGCAUGACCCUGCGCCAGUACCUGCGUGAUGCCACCACCAACCAAACCCGCUCGGUGUCGCCGCGCGUCUACCUCCUCGCCGAGGACGGCGAGUCCUACCAUACGCCCUCUCUCCUGAACCAGGAAUUCGCCUUCGAGGUCGACGUCUCCACCCUGGUCUGCGGCAUGAACGGCGCCCUCUACUUCUCCGACAUGCUGCCCUCCGGCGGCCGUAGCGCCCUCAAUCCCGCCGGCGCCACCUACGGCACCGGAUACUGCGACGCCCAAUGCUACUCCACCCCGUGGAUCAACGGCGAAGCCAACACCGCCGACCGCGGCUCCUGCUGCAACGAGAUGGACAUCUGGGAAGCCAACGCCCGCGCCACCGGCUUCACGCCCCACUCGUGCAACACCACCCGUCUAUACGAGUGCACCGGCGCAGAAUGCGGCGACUCCGGCGUCUGCGACAAGCCCGGCUGCGGAUUCAACCCGUACGCACUUGGCGCUAAAUCCUUCUACGGCUACGGACCCGACACGACCGUCGACACCACGCGCCCAUUCACCGUUGUCACGCAGUUCCUCACCGCAGCAAACACCUCGACCAGCCCGCUGUCUGAGAUCCGUCGCCUCUACAUCCAAUCCGGCCGCGUCAUCCAGAACGCCGUCGUCCACGUCAACGACCGGGAGAUCGACUCCCUAACGCAGCCCUUCUGCUCCGAGACCGCCUCAUCGUUCACCCGCCUCGGCGGCAUGAAGCAGAUGGGCGAGGCCCUGGCCCGUGGGAUGACUCUCGCUUUUAGUAUCUGGAACGAUUCCGGCUCGUUCAUGCAGUGGUUGGAUGGCGGGGAUGCGGGACCGUGUAAUGCCACCGAGGGAGAUCCCAAGUUGAUUGAGAAGUUGUAUCCUGAUACGAGGGUGACUUUUGCGAAUGUGCGGUGGGGAGAUAUUGGAGCUACAUUUGGGGGGAGAACGGGGUUGGGAGGAAGGGUUUAG